GGAGAGAGGGAACGCGAGAGGAGACUGAGGGAGGGAGGGAGAGAGAGAGGGAGAGGGAGAGAUUGAGGGGCUGAGGGGCGGGCAGCAGAUCCGGCAGCAGCAGGCGCCCCCUCCUCCAGUCCGAGGGCUGGCAGCCCCGCAGCGCCCAGGGGCACAAUGAACGGCGGCGGCGGCAGCAGCGGGGCGCUCCUGAGGAGGCACUCCAGCAAACAGGGCUUGCAGAACCUGCUGAGACUCACCACCCAGUGGAGCGUGGAGGAUGAAGAGGAGGCAGCCAGAGAGCGCCGCAGGAGGGAGCGAGAGAGACAGCUCCGGUCCCAGAGUGAGGAUGGACUCGGCGGGACCAGCUCCUGCCCUGAGAUGGAGCCUGAGCAGCCGGAGCAGGAGAAGCUCCUUGCUCUGAAGCCCACAGAGCUGGAAGAAGAUGAAGGCUUCAGCGACUGGUCUCAGAAGAUGGAGCAGAAAAAGCAGAGAUGGGGUCCAGAUGGGAGCCUGGAUGGUGGAGAGACCCCUCGGGAAGAAAGCCCAGAGUAUGAGGACAGAACUGAGGGGUCCUCACACCGCUCCUGUGAGGAGGAGGAGGAGGAGGAGGAGGAGGAGGAGGACCCUCACCUGAGCCAAACCAAAGCCAGCCUGAGCCAGCUCUGUAUGGAUCCGGUGCCCAGGGCUGAGGAGGCCAAGGACAUGAGAGACCUCCCAGAGGAGGAGGGUCUUCUGCCGGUGCAGGCAGAGACUGAGGACAGAAAGGUAUCACUGAGGAUGGCUGAUGUGGAGGAGAUGGAGAGGCAGCCCAAGGCCCCCAGCCCCUCAGGCCUGGAGGCCACAGAGGAACAGGACCUGCCACCCCUCAGUCCCACCACCAAGCUCAUUGACAGGACUGAGUCCCUGAAUCGAUCCAUAAAGAAGAGCAACAGUGUGAAGAAGUCACAGCCUGCCCUGCCUGUGUCCAAGAUUGAUGACAAGCUGGAACAGUACACUCAGGCCAUUGAGACAGCUUGCAAGACCCCAAAGCUGACCCGACAGCCCUCUGUUGAGAUGCCCACCAUGACCGUAGCCAACUCCAAGAACCUGUGGGAGACCGGGGAGCUUUUGGCUCAGUCCUCAGCCAAGACCCCCCCAUGCAAGGAUAUCGUGGCCGGAGACAUGAGCAAGAGGAGUUUCUGGGAGCACAAGGGAAGCAGCAAGACUUCAUCCACCAUCAAGAGCACACCCGCUGGAAAGCGGUAUAAGUUUGUGGCCACCGGGCAUGGCAAGUAUGAGAAGGUGUUGAUAGAUGAAUCUCCGUAACCCAGCCAGCAGCCGGCUGUUCCUCCGCUGAACCUCAGCCCCCAGAUGCCUUCUUCCUGGACGGAUGCUGCUUCUGCUCUGAAGGGGAGCUGCCCAGCCUCCGCCUAUGGCCCUUCUGCUACAGAAUAGCACGAGGGCCCCACCCCCAACUCCUUUCAGAGGAUCUCUUCCCCACCAGAUUUUUUAAAUCCACUUUUUACUUGACUUUGGUGUGUCUCUGUCCCUUGCACUCUCCCUGCUUCCUCUUCUCGCACCCCCUGAUUCUGUCUUGUGGCUGGGAAUUGGGCUGGGUAACAGAGGAACCAGUCUAAAGUCCUGGGCUGCCUUCUCUCCCCUUUGCGGGGUUCUCCCCACUGAAAGGCCAAGGCAGCCAAAGUUUUAAAGCUUCCCAUGGGCUCUGCAGCCACUCUGGCUAACCCAGUCAAGCCCCUAGGGCUGGCUAAGGCUCCCAUCCCCCUGCCCAAGCCCUUCCCUGCUUCCUGCUUGCCCUCUCUGUCCUGCGUCCUGGAUCUCUGGGUAUUUUUUAAAUGCUUAAUAAAGGACCAGAGUUGGUCAUAACUGGGCUGGCCCUGGGCAAGUUCUGGACCCCA